UGCAUGACGGGAAAAACAUGGCGUCCUUACUUUAAAAGAAUCCACAGUGUCUGUCAAAUUAAAUUAUCAAUUAACCCUGAUUUUGUGGCCAAAUACAUAAAAAAUAUUGUUUUUUCCUACAAAAAAAAAUUAAUCCUAAUUCUCGUUGACAGAAAAAGACUUUAGCGUUCAAAAUGGUCCCAUUUAAGAACAAAACUGUCUUCAAGACUUUUAUCUCGCCAAUGUUAAACUCCAGCCAAACUUCAAGCCAGUGUAGGUCAAAGGAGAACAUCCCCCCUUCCCAACAAUUUAAUGAACAAGAGAUAACAACCGAAGAGACCCGAUCAAGCCCGGAUUUGUUCAAAGACCCAAACUCUGAAAAUAUUACGUUUAGCGUUCACACAAGAAUUAGGAGCAAUGAUGGAAUCUGUAAUGUCGAAACGUCCUUUAACAAAUCACAAAGCAGUUCCUCACAAUCUGGUUCAACAUCUGAAAAUUUAAGUAAAGCAUUAGCUGAUCUUGCUGAAAGCAAUAGACGUUUAAGUCAAAUGAUGUUGGAUAAUGACUCUACAACUAAUCGAUCUCAAACAGUUGCAAGUCAGUCAGAACGAUCUACUGGAUCCAACGUGCCAUUAGAAACGGUCAGUAAAAGUUUAUCAGAACUUGCAGAAAGCAAUAUGCGUCUGAGUCAGAUAAUAUAUGGUAAUACAGAAUCUAUAAAUAAUUUGUCUCAAAUAAGCAGACAAUCUAAGCACUCUUUGACAGAGUUUUUGGAUAUGAUCGAGGAUGUUGAACCUAAACAGUCUGAUGAGAAGAAAAGCAAGAAUCAAAACAAAAGGGGAAAAAGGAGUGCUGAACACAAAGACAAGUCUAAGAAAAGACAGAAAGAUUCCAAGAUAUUAAAGAAGAACAAUCUGGAUAAUUCCAAGGAAAAAAUUAUUGAAGUGGAUUUGGAACAUUUGAUUCAAUUACACAAAGAAAGGGACGUGGGUGUAUACGUCUUGUGUGAUAAAUGCGACAAGACUCGAUAUUUACCAGACGUGAAAGAUCCUCUUGAUUUGCCAGAAGAAUGGUAUUGCUGUAUGAAUCCAGAUCCGAACUAUAAUACGUGUGCCAGUCCGGAAAUUCGCAUUAACCCGGAAGUAGAAGCUAAAUUAAUAAGAAACGAAUACAACGCAGGCAGUCUUGUGUGGGCCAAAUUAGAUGGUUAUCCGUGGUGGCCGGCUAUGGUCGAUGACUCCCCGGAAGAAGAAGAUUAUUUCUGGUUGGGAAGUGAUAAUUUGACCCCCGGAUGGUAUAACGUAACGUUUUUUGAUUCUUCUCCGGUUACACGGGCCUGGAUAAGGCCGAGGAACCUGAAACCUUUUCUUAAGCAUUUGGACGGUUUUUACCAUAAGAGACUGGCACAAUAUAAGGCACGCCUGGAUUUUGCUAAGAACCAGGCUCUGGAAGCCAGUAAGAUGACGAUUUUUGAGAGAUUGAAACGUUUCAAUUUUUUGGAAAGACAGAUAUUGGAAAAGAAAAAAUUGCAAGAGGAAAGCAAGCCCAAAGGCAGCAAGGUUAUCAAGAAAUCCAAAAAGUAGUCCAAACCUUGUGUUUCAGUUGAUUGGAAGAUACCAUACCUCUUUAGAGUUUAUUUGUCUAUUUCUAGAGUGAUAAUGUUAAGAUAUAUUUAAGAAACAAGGCGAGAAUGAAGUGCAAGAGUUAAAAAUCAUUGUAUUCAUUUUAUUAUCAGAAAAAUUAAUGAAAGAAUAAAACAUAAUAUAAAAUUUUUAGAUUAGAGGUUUACAAGUUGUUAAUAAAUUAAAAACAUAAAAAUACAUCUAUUUAUUAAGUUCAAUACUGGAACAUUUGAUUGACUAAAAUGUUUAUUCUAUUCUCCUAAAAUUCCCUCUCUAUUUUUUAUAUUACGCACUUCAUUCGAGUACUUCCUGUACAUUGUACAUUGAUUCUCUCAUAUGUAAACUAGUAGCAAUCAUCGUUUUCAACUUACGUAACGACUAACCUUUUUAACUAACUUUGUUAGUUAUUAAAACUAAUGAUAUUAAAUUAUUAGCUAAAGUAUAUCAGCUUUGCAAAUAUUUGUUUGUGUUUAAUUAAUUAGUUUUCACGGUUUGUUAAAUAUGUUUAUAUUCGACAAUUAAAGUUAUUUACUUUCAAGGAA